CAUUCACUACCAAGAAUGGCUACCUCGUCCUUCCCAGAUUCUACCCUGAUAGCUACCGCAACAAAAUAGCCACACCGGUUCGUCGGCACCGGAGAGAUCAACGCCACCAACCCACAGCCAUUCACCCUGCAGAGCACGUAUUCCAUACUAGCAAACCCUAGAUCCAUGAUCGCCAUCUUCGUGACCAAAUCAGAAUCAGCAAACAAAAUACUACCUUCCCAGUGAACCAAAACUGAAGGCUAACUAACUGCGGCCACACGCAUCUCCGACCUCUCUGUAGCCCCCACAUCCACCACCAAAUCAUUCCUGCAAUCCAGCAACUACUUGCCAACAGAAACACUUAGUGCCAUCACCACCGUGGACAAUCAGUAGUAUCCCAAGGUCAACAUAAUGCACCGUUCGGCCACCACAAGAUAUAUUUUCCAGUAUUCUAACCUCACGAUCGUUGAGAAGAACAGCUCUAUCAGACUAAGAAUGAAUCAGCUGGAGCAGACUGUAAUCGCAAGAUUCCCGCAACACCAAUCACAUAAUAUCACCACGCAAGCCAUCCAACAAGCUGUUGAAAAUCAAUUUGGAGCAUUUGUUUCAGUUCAGGAUAUCUCACGGUAUGAAUCAAAUUUCUUACUCCAGAUACACUCAUCUACUGUUCGCAGAGAUAUGCUAACCAGAGGAUACAUAAACAUGAUCCCAUCCAGCCCCAAUCUUAUUCCAUGGAACCCAGAAUACGGCUCAGUUGCCACCCUAGCAUAUACAUAUUUACCAACCCUGUCUAGCUUCGACCAUAACACCUCAGCACGCACUUCAGGCAAGCCGUUAAAGCAAAUACAGAUACAAAUAUAUGGCAUCCCACCGCAUUUGUGUAGUCGCACAACAAUUGAUGCACUCCUAGGCAAACUAGCCACAAUACACCAGAUCACACUAAAUACCACCAAGCACACAUACUUCGUAUCUGCAGAAACGCACUGCCUCGAUGCAAUCCCACCAACAGCAAAUAUAGGUAUCAAAAGGAUGCUACACGGCAAACUUCUGCUUAACAUUUGGCCUAUCUGGUAUGAGAUAAUGGACAUCACACUGCCUACACUAGGUUUCACAGAACAAUAUUACAACUUGCAACCAGACGACGAAGCAACUUCAGCCCGUCAAGACACAGAUAUAGAAAGAUUUUCACCGGUGCGAAACUCAAGCGAACAUGAAUGUGGUUGUGAAUCCGACCGCAGCAUGAAUUAUUGAUCAUCCUCCAUGCAGCAUGAAGGCAAAAAAGAAGAACUUGCACUUGGCAACCAAUGAACACUCCACCUUGCGUCAUGUCAUAUAUCAGUUCAGAACUGUGAAAUACUUUUGUAACAUAUUACUCUUUCAUACCCUUCGUAUCUACCAGUGUGUUACUGCUACAAAUCCAUGACCUAUCCUUCUAUA